CAGAAACUCAUAAGCGAGCUGAAUCACUACAAUUCUCUUCAAUCGAACCAAAGUAGGCAAAAUCCUUUUCUUCCUUCUCGGAAUGGUUGGGUUUUUCUUUCGCCAAUUUUUGCAACAUCGAUCCCGAAUCAUACUGGGGCGUUCGCUUAGAGAUCUGAGAGUUAGACUGGCCGGGAGUCGACGGCGUAAUAGGCGUGCGUUGGAAUCAUUGGGAGCAUGGGAAGCUGCGGCGGCGGUGAUGGAGGAGCGAAAUCGAACUAUUAGGGAGGAGUUGAGGCGACAGUUUGCCCUCAAUUCCCUUGCUAAUCUGUUGGUUCACGAUCGUCUCGUUGAGGUGGAAAAUGAUCCCUUGAUGAGGGACGCUUUCCAAAGAAUUGAAGCUCAGGAUCUCAAUCUACGGGACAUUUUUUGUAUCAACCCACCUCGACCUUUCCUGGGAUAUCGACGGCGCCGCCGAUGAUCGCCGUUGGUAGCUGUGACUUGUGAUCGUUGGGUACUCUAGGUGGUGGGGCAAGGUUUUUAACUAUUAGCUUCUAAAUUUGAGAAAUUUUUUUAGAUUUAAAGCUUUUAAGUUAUAUUUUUUUUCUUAUCUA